AUGGUCACUGUCAACAGCAAUAACAGCAGCAGCAGCACCAGCAAUUCAACACAAUUAGUUGAAACGGUGUCAAUCGAUUAUGACGACUUCAACGAUGCCUUUUUGACGUGCGCAACUUGUCUGUGUGUAUAUGAUGGAGUUGAACGUGCGCCGAAACUCUUACCGUGCUCACAUACAGUGUGUGUUCACUGUUUGACAAGGAUUGCAGCAGCUGCUAACAAUCGACGCACAACACAAGACUUGAACAAUGGCCGAGGCAGUGGUAGUAAUACUAUACAAUCUCAGCAACAACAGGAAUCUCAGACUGCUCAACAACAACGGCAAACCUUUAGGUGUCCAAUAUGCAGGGAACUUAUAGUUGUUCCUCAAAAUGGUGGAGUCACAGCCCUCCCUCCAUCAUUUCUAGUCAAUCAACUACUCGAUUUGAUAUCUACUCAUAGACGACGCACCUUAAUACCAACAUGUUGUGGGGGUGGUGUAUUAUCUUCACACAUUAAUCAGGAAUUGCUGUAUUGUGAAACAUGUGAUCAAGUAUUCUGCUCAGUUUGUACUAAACACGAGACAGCAAUAGGUGGAGGCACCCUUAUUUCAUCUAAAUCUCCACCAUUGGUUCAUACAAUAAUACCAGUAUCUGUAGCUAUGAAACGUACAUCUGAAAUAAUGUUGUAUAAAGCUAAUGAAUGUGUUUCAAAAUUGAACUGUUCGAGGGAUGGAGUAUGUGCUGAACUAGAACGUUUAGAUACAGCUCGUAAUGAAUGUUUAUCUACUUUGGAUGAUACAUUUAGUGAUCUGAUGAACAUUAUAGAAGUCCGUAAGCAACAAUUGCAACAACAAAUACAUAAGGCAUGUGAUGCAAAAAAUAGAAUUUUGAGUCAACAACUCUCAGCUAUUGAUAUUGAAAAAACUAAAGUUAUGGACGAAUGUGGCAAUGUCAAUCAAUUAUUGGAUGUACAAUCUAUUAAUCAACGGAUACAAAUUUUAAAUGAUCGUUUGCAAAAACCUACAGGCGGUAUUGAAGAACCUCGUGAAAAUGCUUUUAUUGCCUUGGAUUUGGAUCUAACAGCAAUAAAAAAUGUUGUAAAUAAUGCUAUUGGACAAAUGGGUUGUGUACGCACUACAACUACUUGUCCUGGUAAUUGUACACUGAAUGUUGCUGAAUCAAAUGGAGAAAAUUUGUUGAUACCUCGUUUAGUUGAUACGCAAGUUGCUACAUUAACAGCUGUUGACUAUGAUGGGAAACGACGCAAUUUGGGUGGUGAUCCAGUAAUUAUAAAAUUAAUUGGACCUUUGGAUGACACACAACAAGAAAUGGCUCCAAACAAUUUAGGGCAUCUACACCAAGAUAAUAAUACUAGUGAUGAUGGAGUGCGUAUUGUUGAUCAUAAAAAUGGCCAAUACACAAUCCGUCUACGUUUAUCUAAUUGUGGCAGAUAUAAACUUCUUGUUUAUGUGCUUGGUAGACCUGUAGCAUGUAAUGGUAAUACUGGACAUAUUGACUUUUCUAUAAUAAAAAGUAUUGACCCUAUAUGCCAAUAUAGUAGAGGACCUUCAAUGCAACAGCCUGUUGCAAUUGCUGUAGAUCACAAUUCCGCUAGGGUGUAUGUUUUAGAUACUGGAAAUUGUCGCAUAAGAGUGCUUGAUACCCACUUAAACUAUAUAUGUGACGUACAAAACAUUGAAGCUAUGCGAGGUCGUUCUUCAACUGGUAUUGGUUUAUUGAGCGAUGAUACUUUAGUUACAGUUAAUUGGCGUACAAACACAGUGACUCAAAUGACUUUAGAUGGUGAAACAGUUAAGUCGUGGACACAUUCGAGUAUGAUUGAGCCUAUGUGUGUUGCUGUGGAUAGAAUUUAUGAUCAUGUAUUAAUAGGGGAUUCUUCAUGUAACAUACAUGCAUUUAAAGCGGCAACAGGACAACAUCUAUUUACAAUAAAUAAUAAUAAAAGUAAUGGGAAAUCGGCUGAAUGUGUUGGUACCUUUAUGGCAAUUGGGCCAAAUUCACAGAUAAUUGUAAUUUCUGGUAUUACUACAACUGGAUGUCGCUGUUUAGAUAUAUAUUCAUGCAAAGGCACGUAUGAGCGGUCAAUUACGGUUAUGACAGCAACAGAUAAAUCCACACAUUUAUAUAGCUCAUUGGCUACUUGUAAUAAUUUUAUACUGGCAACUAGACGCCAUUAUAACUCAUACGUAAUUGACUUGAUUGAUAUGGAAACAGAAAAAUUAGUGAACACUGUUGAUUCCAAUGGCUGCAAAUUGCGUCGUCCAGCUGGCAUGGUAGCAUUUUCCGAACUUCAAGAUUCUGUUAUCGAUGAUAGUCAACAAUGCUCAUCGUAUUAUUUAUUGGUGACUGAUGUAGCAGCCGAUAGCGUAAAAAAAUAUCGAUUUUUUUAA